AUGCCGCCGUUAUUUGCUAAUAACAUACAGAUUCAAGAGCUCUUGGAUCCAGUCCUCUUUCCACUUCCUGAUGUCAACGAUGGCAUCCUCAUGGUCCGCGAGGCGCAGGGUCCGAUCCAUAGGCCACUCCGGAUAUUUAUACAGCCAUCCGACGACGGCUAUACCUAUGCUGAAACGGAGCGCAAAUCCCUUCUAAACCGGCUAUCACCUGAAGCAAUCCACGGCCUGAAAGGGUAUAUAGACAACGCGAGUUUGUGGGGGAAGAGGUCGCAGAUCGUUUCCACUCUGGCAUUCGGAGAGGUAUAUAUAUUCAGCUCCACCGUCCCGUUCUCUGUUGGAUUCCCCACUAUAUGCAUACUCGAUUCCAGCCGGUCGUCGCUAUCCGGAACCACGUUAAUCUAUCCCUGCCUGAACGACUUGCACCGGCUACUCUCUACCGUCGUUCCCUACAAUGAAUACGGCCUCGGUUCUUGCGCGCCGUCGAUCUCGCGGCUGGCAUACUGGGCGCGGGCAACGGUAACGGUAACUCACCAGCUACCAAUGGAGCACCCAACCUUAAAGGGCGAACACGACACCGCUUCCUACGAGACAGCUGCUAUCAACCUAGGCAAGCUCCGCCUCACUACCACCCCCGUGGCAACGCCGAAAUCAAACUCGGGGAGCCCAUGGAGCAAUCCUUCUCCUCCAUCGUCGAAGGCUCAGUGGAAUAUAUAUAUACGUCAUGACCAUCUCGAGCCGUGCCCUGGUGUUCAAGGACACGAGUACGUAGGGCCCGCAGCUCUCAUCGGCGGGCUUGUAGACGCAGCACGAACGGCGAAGUCGACGAUUCAAGCUGCUAUCCCGCCGAAGGUAAUACCAAUGUUUCCUCAAGGCCCAGCGAUUCGUUUGCCAAUGGCGUCUUGGAUACGGAACUGCGGCGGCGAAGAACAAGGGACCACCUGCAGCCACAGAACACCACUAGAGUGGAAGAGCGGAAUCAACCCAAAACGAGCAGCGGAUGAGUCGAACGGGUUUGGAACGAGCCAAAAUACGUGGCUGUCGCAUUUUCCCCGCACGCCUGGAGUGCCGAAGACGAUUCCUUGA